AUGACAUCAUCUGCUGAUACUGAGAAACGGUGGGUGACGGAUCUAGAAAAUCAAAAUAUUGAUGGUUCUAGAAGGCUACGACAUCUAUUAAUGACAUGUUCGGAUCCUAUCGAUACGAUCAAAAAUUUUCAGGAACGAAAUAGUAUUAAGCUGCCAGCAUUAAAUCCAGCAUUGCGACUGCUCGACUUGCAUAAUAUUCGCAGAACAGAAUUUCAUGAAGAAGCAGCGAAUGAUAUAUCGGACUUGUUGCUUGCAAAAAUUAGGGAUCUAGGUGCUGCAGGAACUAUAGAAUCAGUACAGUUAUUAGAAAAACAACUGGAGAAAAGUUUCAAACUGUAUCGAGUUCCUAGCAUUCGACCUUUUGUGUUGGAAACACUGAAGCAACUACCAAAAGCACCGGAUCGAUACCUAAAAGUGAUUGUGACCGAUCGGGAAUUUUACGACAGUUGUGCGGUUACAGUACGACAACAGAUUUGGCUGGAGAACGAUUCAUUAUUCAUGGACGCAAUACUUCCAGUUAUAGAUUCUUAUAUUGAUGAAAAACAAAAAGUUAUGCAAAUAGUGGACCAAUCACCAACGAACUACUUUACCUGUGAGACAACCAGAUCUAGACGACAGUGGCCGCAAAUUUUAGAGUUAAUGGCAAUUGUUGGUCAGCAGGAACCCUUAUAUCGGCGAUUGAACAAUGUCGUCCGUGAACGUUUCCUGAAAUCUGCUGAUGCAAUAUAUUGUUCAUUGCGGAUGGAGCUUGUGAUGUCUGCUCAUGAUUUAAAUAUUGAAUCUGUAAUCCGAUCAGAUCCUUGUCAUGAUUUGGCGUGGUGUUUGGAUGCAUGUGUCAGAGACAAACAUUUGGAUGCGCAACAGACGAACAAACUGAAAAAUAUAUUGGAAUCAACGAAGAAAACUAAAGCAGAGGUAACUGGUGAUUUAGCAAUGAUUGCUGGUGAUGCACAUGUUAUACAUUUCUUAUGCUCAAUGGCCGUUAAAGUAUUGCGCGAUUCAGCUUUGCAUGCUACUGGUCAAUUACCGAGAGAAUUGAUUCCCCUACAACUUCUUCUGAGAUUAUUAUCAUUUGGAGCGUCUGCACACAGCAUCUUAUCAGCUAAUGAUGUGACUGUCUUACAGAAUAUUGACCCUCUCAUUUUCACCAAAUUUCUGGCUUCUUUUACAACACUUAUGGUAGAAGAUGUAAUACGACAUGAGCUCAUUCGGGCACCAGAUGAAAUUAUUGACGAAAAUCCAGCAAGUGACUUUCUUUCUGAUCCUUCUGAAGAGAUGUUGAGUUUUUUGAAAACGGAUGUGACAUGUGCGUUACUUUGGAUUCAUUAUUUUUUGGAUGUUCUUCCAAGCAAGCGUCGUGCUUCAGAUUUACCGGGCAUUAUGCGUUAUAUGAAAGCAUUACCUGGUUUAAAAUGCAAGAUUGCCUUUUGUGACCCAUGGAUGCAUCUGAUAAUUCAUCGUUUGCUGCAGUCAGCAUCGUCUGAUCAUAUUUUAUCAACUGAGCAAGGAUCGCAUUUCAUCGUAGAAGAAUAUCUGUUGAAGGGAGUGGAUCGUUAUCCUGGUGUGAAGUAUCACCUUCUACGUAUUGUGCAUCUGUUAUGGUUUUCUGUUGGCGAGUUUCGUAGUCGUCUUAUCCUAGACAAAAUUGCACCGGAGAAAAUGUUCGAGCUAGACGGUCAUGAAGUCGAGAGUGAUCGGAAGCGUUACAGUCAGGAAUAUCACCGUAUACGAACAAAAAUGACGGAAAAAAGCUCGUCGGCCGAUGGAUCGAUAUCGAGUACUUCGCUCAGUACUGUACAGUCUCUUUCAGAUAGUUCACUAACACAAAGUGAAUGUGUUUAA